CUAUUUGCAUGAAAAAUGUCAACGGCUGGAAAGGUCAUCAAGUGCAAGGCAGCAGUAGCCUGGGAACACAACCAGCCUCUGGUCAUCGAAGAGGUUGAGGUGGCCCCUCCUCAGGCCAAUGAGGUUCGCAUGAAGAUUGUGGCUACAGGACUGUGCCACUCUGACUUGUACUACCUGUGUGAGAGUAUGAACAAAGAUGGCUUCCCAGUGAUCUUCGGCCAUGAGGGAGCUGGCAUAGUGGAAAGUGUCGGCUCUGGUGUUACUGAAUUUCAGCCAGGGGACAAGGUUAUCCCUUUGUGCCUUGCCCAGUGUCAGGAAUGUCGCUUCUGCAAGAGUCCUAAAACCAACCUGUGUGAAAAAUGGGCUGCUGGUGAACAAGACAAGAUGGCAUUCAAAACCUUCAGCAUUACCUGUAAGGGAAAGACGGUCCUGCAGUUUAUGGGAACCAGUACCUUUUGUGAGUACACAGUGAUGAAGGAGAUUGCUGUUGCUAAGAUCGACUCUGCUGCGCCGCUGGACAAAGUCUGUCUCUUUGGUUGUGGGAUCAGCACAGGGUUUGGUGCAGCAGUUAAUACUGCCAAGGUUGAACCAGGUUCCACAUGCGCCGUGUUUGGUCUGGGAGCUGUGGGUUUGGCUGCAGUCAUGGGCUGCAAGUUUGCAGGAGCAAAGAGGAUUAUAGCUGUGGACAUCAAUCCAGAGAAGUCUAAAAAGGCCAAAGUGUUUGGUGCAACUGACUUUGUGAACCCCAAGGAUCACAAAAAACCCAUCAGCCAAGUUCUGGCAGAGAUGACUAACGGAGGAGUGGACUACUCCCUGGAAUGUGUUGGGAAUGUGGCAGUCAUGCGCAGUGCCUUGGAGUCUUGUGUGAAAGGUUGGGGUGUCAGUGUGAUUGUUGGCUGGACGGAUUUGCAUGACUUUGCUGCCAGACCCAUUCAGCUCAUCGCUGGACGCACAUGGAAGGGCUCUCUGUUUGGAGGGUUUAAAAGUAAGGAUGGCGUUCCUGAGAUGGUUAGAUUCUAUCUCAACAAGAAGGUGAAGCUGGAUGAGUUCAUCACUCACCACAUGACUUUGGACCAAGUCAAUGAUGCCAUUGAGCUGAUGAAGCAUGGCCAAUGCAUCCGCACAGUUCUGUCUGUUUCUCCACAAUAAGUCCUCAAGAUAAAGCUGAGGUGUUUAUGAAACUAAAUAAAUGAUUAUAAAAAGAUUACAUCACUUUUGUUUUUUUUAUAAAUGAUAAUGCCAAAACUCAACUUUUAAUGCAUUGCAUUUCUGUAAAACUGUUAAACACUUGGAGGUCAUAUACUGCUUGUUCUUGCAGUAAUUCUGCAGGUUUAUUUUGCACAACUGCUUGUAUAUACAACUACUUUUUAAAAAGACUUCAUGAAGACAAGAUUCUACAAACAUCACAUCAGACACUUAAGCCAUACAACAUUUUGAUGAAAAAUCAAGCUUUCUCACUCAGCUGUGUGAGUCACAGUAUCCCUCACAUUCUUUUUUCCUUUAUCUAAAAAUAAAGUUGACAUUCAGUGGCAGACGAGGCAAAUAAGGUACAUAUUUAUAUAUAUUUAUUUCCACAUGCAAACAUUAUGUGCCGCUGUACAAAAGAAAAAAAAGAAAAGUUGAAUUUACUGUCCAUAAUCCUAAUCCUUAUUACCAGUAUUCCAUACUGGUUGGAAAUAUCAAACCAUCUGGUCAACCUUUCCAGUUUAUGAAGUGGCUUUGUUUAUAACUCAAAUAAUGCCCUUCAGUCUUCAUCAGAGGACAAAAUGGAGAAUGACGUAAUAAAAAUGUAAAAAAUG